AUGGCUAAGAAGACUCAACGAGGCAUCCGCGGUCCAGAAUCUCGUGCUGUUCGGCGAGCAACUUACCUGGCUAAGCAGGAUGAAAAGAAAUCCAAAAAGGUCAAGGCUGCUGUUGAGCGAGGGAUGCACACCCACCUCAUCAAUAAAUUCCCCGCAACUUUCCUUCGAGCACGACCCAAUGGUGCUGCUGUUCGAAACACCAUGACCAACGAUCCCGACCAGCUCGCUGCCCUUCCAACCACUGGCAAGGUGCAGGUACCUCUCCGAGACCUCCCUGAUAGCGUCACGGUCCCCAGGGGCCUGCCACCCCACUUAAUCAUUCGAUUUGAUCGAUUCAUCACUGAUGCGGAUCAAGAACGUCUCCGAAAGCGAUGGGAUGACGUCUUAGCUAGCGGCGCAAAGCCCCAAUCAGGAAAACACGCCAACCGUUCUGCUGAUGAUCCCGCCUUCCAUUUCGGCAUCUGGGAGGUCACUAGCUCCGCGCCAUACUUGACUGCCGAUACCAGGAACCAGACCCCGCAAGCCAUCACUGCUAUUGAUGCCCUGCUGAAGUACAUUGGCGACUUCGUAGCUGGGAAGAUUGGCAGCGUCUUUGAGACUCACGCACCAGAACAAUGGGAAGCUAUGCAACGGGCAUACCUGCGGGUUCAAAACUUACUGGCAGCUGAAUUGCUUGCACGCCCCAGUUUGGACUUCGGAGGUGCAUUUUUUGCAGUUGCGGUCAAAGAAGGGGGCUCUGGGCUGGUCCAUAUUGACUGGCACGAUAGCCAUGCAAUUUGGGCAUUUGUAUUCGCAGUGGGUGAUUGGGAGGGCGGAGAGUUCUGCGCUCCUGAGUUGGGGAUAAAAAUUCCUAUUCGACCCGGUCAAGUUUUUGCUGUUCUUGCGCGGGUAGUGGCUCACUUUAGCGCUCCUGUAACUCAGGGCCGGAGAAUUGUCUUCACCUGCUUUACUGACAGCCUCACAGUACUCCAUGCCAAUCCGGACCUAGUUACAGUGGUGGCGUAG